CCCGACGAUUCCAUCUCGACACACGACCCAACCUUCAUCCCGAUAUCAACCGAACGUGGUUCCCACGAGCGAACGAGCGUAAUCGUCACGCGCGCGGAAAAAAAAGAAGAGAAAGAGAGAGAGAGAGAGAGAGAGAGAGAGAGAGAGGGUAACUUACUUCUCGGGGCAUCUCUUCCGACGCUCUCUUUUGUCUUUUGCUCUUGCUCGACACAGGAGUUUUGCACACACGACGAAACCGUGCAAUAAACGCGUAAUAACGUCGUCGAACAGUUUGUCUUUUUUUUUUUUCCUCCUCUUUUCCCGAGCGACAGUUCAAUCGGUGAGAGUAAUUUCCCCCGCGGCUGAAGCGGCGAAGAAUCAUCUAGGAAUCAUCUAGUCUACCGGACAACGAGUCGACGACCAGCCGCCGCUCUGACCAGUUCCACGGAGGAGAGAAAAAGACGUGAGUAGAAUAUAUCAAGAUGACGAAGCUACUCGUAGUAACGAUGCUGUGCCUGCUCGGCCAAAAAGUGCUCUCGAUGCCCGUGGCCGAGAACCAGGAUCCUCUCCAGGUGGUCCCACUGGAGAAGUCGGCGAACCCGAGCAAACCCGAGGUCCCAGCGACUCCCGAGGUCACUGUGGCAGCGAGCUCGGAAGCCGCAGCACCGCCAGCAGCCGAGGCGAAGUCCGCCGAGGCUGAGAAACCGAGUGUGAGAAGCGAGCUCGCGGCCGAGAACGCUCAGCCGUCUGAGAACGCCGAGGAGAAGAAAGAGGACGCUCAGCAAGCGAAACCCGAGGAGAAGAAGGAAGAACAAUCCGGCUUGGAGAAGCAGCCUGAGCAACAGCAGCAGCAACAGCAGCAGCAGCAGCCGCAGCAACAGCCUGCGCAAGAGCAGAAGCCUGAACCGGUACCAGAAGCCAAGAAGGAGGAAGAGAGCCUAAAGCAGGCGGCUUCCGAGUCUCACGAGACCGUAGUGCAGGCCGCUCCUCAAGAACAAAAGCAGGACGCUGCUGAAGUGCCGGCAGAACAACCCGUUGGUAAAUCUGCAGUGGCAGAGGGCAAGAGCUCCGAGCAGGUAGAUUCUGCGGAGAAGAGCUCGGAAGCGGCAAAGGAAGAGGUAGCGGAAGAGAAGAAGGCCGAAGAGGCCAAGCCUAGCGUAAGGAAGGAGGACGAGGCGAGCUCUGCAGCUUCCGAAUCGUCGGAAGAGAAGGCUCAGCCAGCUGCGGAGGAGAAGAAGCUCGAGAAUCCGCAAGAGGAGGAGAAGAAAGCCGAGGAGAAGCCCGACCGUGUGACCCGUGACGCCGAGGUAGCUGCCCCGGAAGAGAAGAAGGCGCCAGAACAACCAGCCGAAGCUGAGAACAGCCAACAAGAUCAGGCUAAAUCCCCGGAGGAGAACCAGCCAGCCGCCAAGAGCGAGAAGGCCCAGCCCAUCGUCGAACAACCAGCGAUCAGUCCUGAAGAAUCGGCCAAGAGCGAGGAGAAGCAGCCUGCUGAAGCCCCCGCUCAACCCGAGAAGGAAGCAAAGAACGUCGAAGCAGUCGCCACAGCUGCUUCCAGCAACGCCCAAGAGUCUGCUGACCAAUCGGCAGCGAAGUCGGCCGAAUCUAGCCAGGCUAAACGCGAAACCGCGGAUGCUCAGCCUCAAGCAAAAUCCGAACAGCAAGCCGAGGAGAACAAGGAAGAGCCAUUGAAGCAGCAGGAGCCAGCGAAAGAAGCGAAGGAGGCGAAGGAAGCGAAAUCAGACGAAUCCUCCGAGGAGAAAUCAGCUGAGAAGAAGGAGAGCAAGGGCAGCGAGGAGGAGAAGUCAUCCGAGGAGUCUUCCUCUAAGCAAGAGUCCAAGCCAGCCGAAGAAUCCAAGCCCGAGUUAUUGCCAAAACCGCAAGAACUGACAGCGUUGUAAGUGAACGAUCGAGAGGUGACGGUCGCAGCGAGAGGCGGGAAGACGAAGGAGGGUAGCCCCGAAAAGAUUCAGUAAAUUUUUCGAACGAAGCGCGGAUACUGGCUCGCCGCUCGUCCAGACCAGAAUUUUGCGUUCAUCGACCACAGAUAAAAAUGGGAAGGAAACAUUUCGUAAAAGAAGAAACAGAAAACAAAACGUUUAAAAGAAAACAGAUGAUGAAUAAAGAAAAAAAAGAAAAAAAAAAACGAAGGAGGAAGGCGCGAGUUUUUCGACCCGGACCAGAGAAAAAUGAGCGGGAGAGAGCGUGUACGUCAGAGGAAGUAUGAACGGGAGCGGGAGAGAGAGAACAAGACGGAGUGAGAGUGUAUAUCGGUGUGAAUGGGAGAGAGAGAUUGCGAUUCCAAUUUUGUGGCAGGGUUCAGAACUUCCCCCCGGCGCGCUACGAUUCCGAGAGAAGGAAAAUUCAUCGACUCGGGGCAGGAUGACCACGUGGCCACCUGGCUGUGAAGGAUCUUUAACUUAGAAGGAGAACACGUCGAAACAACAUCCGUGAAAACAACGAUGAUGGUGAUGACGAUGAUGACGAUGAUGAUGAAAAUGCUCGAAGAAGAAGCAAAUAUAGGAGAAAACAGCGAUCAGGAGCACGUGGCCACCCUUUGGGAUCUGACUUGGCACACACGCCAGGGAUCAUCCUCUUCUUCGUCCCGGCGGACACCGCGAUUUGUCCGCGGGGACGAAACACGGCCCCUAAUAUUUUAGUAUCCUCGUCCCAAAUUUCCCUUUCCCUUCUCCCCAAGACUUUUUCUCUUUAUUUUUUCCCCCUC